AGUCGACAUCAAAGAAGAAUUUGUCAAGCAGCUAGCUAGCUAUUUAGUCGAACCUACUACCAGGGUCCCAUGAGGUCGACGCAAUUUGUACAAUUUCUUAAAAAUACUACAUAAUUUCCAAUUCUGACGCUGACUGGUCGAAGACAGGAAAAGGAAAACAGAGCACCUAAUUUUCCAGGAAGUAAUGGAGCAAACACGGUUUCUAAAUUUUUCAUUUGUUUUCCUUUUUUUAUUUUUUUCUUGUUUCCGGGAAGGUUCCCACAUAAUGAGUAUACUUCAGACAAAGUAAACCUAAAAUCGCAUAAAGCUGGAAUGGAAUCCUACGGGUAGAUCUGAGCUUAAUUUUAUAUAUAGGUGUUACUAAUUUGCAUUCCUUCUUCUUAGUCCGGUUACUGCACCUAUCUGACCUCUCUGAUAAAUAUAUAGGCCCUUUGAGCUUAUAUUCUUAUCAUCUCUGCCACUUGCAACUAUGAAAAGAUCUUACUCAGCGCUCUCUGCUGCUGCUUCUUCUUCUUCUUCUUCUUCUUCUUCUUCUCGUAGAACAGAAUAUGAUGUGUUUUUGAGUUUUAGGGGUGAAACCCGCAACAAUUUUACAAGUCAUCUCUAUGCUGCUCUUUGUCAGAAAGGAAUCGACACCUUCUUAGAUGGUCAUAAACUAGAGAGAGGCAAAUCCAUUUCCCCAGAAUUGUUGAAAGCCAUCGAAAAUUCACGCUGUUCGGUCAUCGUUCUCUCGGAAAACUAUGCUUCUUCGAGUUGGUGUUUGGAUGAACUUGUCAAGAUUCUUGAAUGCAGGGAGGCCUAUAAACAGAUUGUUCUGCCAAUUUUCUACCAUGUGGAUCCAUCUCAUGUACGGAAGCAGAUUGGAAGUUUUGGAGAACCAUUCCGCAGAUAUGAACAAGAUUUUAGUGAAAAGGUGCAGAGAUGGAGGAAUGCUUUAACACAAGUUGCCAGUCUUGCUGGAUGGGCUUUACAUGACGGGAAUGAAGCAAAAUUCAUACAAGACUUUAUCGUAGAGCUGUCAAAUAAACUCAGUGUUGCACAGUCAAACAUUUUAGAGGACAUUUUUGGUAUGGAUUCACGACUAGAGAAACUAAAUGUUUGUGUUUGUACUUCAUCAUUGGAUAAUGUUCACUUUAUUGGAAUUUGUGGGUUGGGCGGAAUUGGGAAGACAACUCUUGCCAAAGCUUAUUAUGACUGGAUGUCUUCUCAAUUUGAAGGUUGCAGCUUCCUUACAAAUAUUAGAGAAGUUUGUGAAAAGAAGGAAAAUGGUCUUGUGUGUUUGCAAAAUCUUCUCCUUUCAGAUAUUCUAAAUGGUUUGCCUAUAGAAGUAAGGGAUAUUCAUAAAGGAAUGGACAUGAUAAAAAGUAGGUUACACCAUAAGAAGGUACUUGUUGUCCUUGAUGAUGUUGACAAAUUAGACCAGCUAAAUGCAUUAGCUGGGAAAAAUAAUUGGUUUGGCUCUGGAAGUAGAAUAAUUGUAACUACUAGAGAUGAAAGUUUGGUUCGAAAAGCAUAUAUAGAAUGUAGAAUAUAUAGAGUUGAGAAAUUGAAUUAUAGAGAAGGUCUUCAACUAUUUUCUCACAAAGCCUUCAAAAGUACUCAUCCUUCUAAGGAAUAUGAGAAGUUGUCUGAAAAAGUGAUAGCUUAUGCUGAGGGUCUUCCAUUAGCUUUAGAAGUAUUGGGUUCCUUUUUAUGUGGAAAAAAUGUAAAGCAAUGGGAAAGUGCUUUGGAUAGAAUGAAGGAGUAUCCAAACAAGGAGAUUAUGAAAGUACUUCAAAUCAGUUUUGAUGGACUUGAGAAAACAGAGAAAAGUAUUUUCCUAGAUAUUGCAUGCUUCUUCAAUGGAUUUAAAAAAGAUAAUAUCAUUCAAAUUAUGGAUGCCUGUGGUUUCUUUCCAGAAAUCGGGAUAAAAAUUCUCAUUGAUAAGUCUAUCCUACAUGUUGACAUUGUUGACCGAGUUUGGAUGCAUGACUUAUUGCAAGAGAUGGGAAAGGAAAUUGUUCGGGAAAAAUCUCGCAACGAACCUGGAAGAUGCAGUAGAAUAUGGGAUUAUGAUGAUUUAUGUCAUGUUUAAGAGCAUAACACGGGAACAAAAGUGGAAGCCAUAGUAUGCUGUCCUGUAGAACCAAAAAAAUUGGUUUGCGAUUUUGAAGCCUUCUCAAACAUGAAGAAGUUAAGAUUGCUCAUUAUUCGUAAUCUUGCCUUGGAAAUGAGAGAUGGCCACUCACUGAACAUUGAAUAUCUUUCUAAAGAGUUACGAUUCCUUCAGUGGCAUAAAUUUCCUGCAGAAUAUUUGCCAUCAGAUUUCCAACGAGGUGGACUUGUUGUAUUGAAGUUGUGGUGGAGCAAAAGCCUUCGUAACAACCCUAUCAAGCCUUUAAACAGUUUGAAAACCAUUGACAUAAGUCAUUCAACAAAUUUAAGAAAGUUUGAAGACUUUGGGGUGGUUCCAAAUCUAGAGCGGUUGAUUCUUGAAGGUUGUGUAAAUCUAGUGGAGAUUGACCAAUCCAUCACACUUCUUAAAAGGCUUACUAUCUUGAACCUGAAAUGUUGCAUUGGUCUACAAAAUCUUCCAACAAGCAUGGGUAGUUUGAAAUCUCUCAAAGUUCUAAACCUUGAAGGUUGUGUAAGCCUUACCAACUUACCAGAGGACUUGGGGCUUCUAAAUAGUUUAGAGAAGCUUAAUUUGGGAGGCAUUUCUAUAGAAGGCAGGUAUCUACCAUCUUGGAGCGGAGGGCGACAAUGCAACAAUUUGAUGAAUACCAUUGUUGGAAAAGGUUUCUCAUCGUCAGCUGGUUUUUUCUCUUUGAAAAGGUUGGUACUAAGCAGCUGUGGUCUUGGGAAUGAAGCGUUUCCUGAAAAUUUUGGCUGCUUAGUUUCUUUACGACAUUUAAACCUCAGCAAUAAUGAUUUUUCUCGCCUACCUGUCAGUUUCAAUAAACUAUCCAAGCUUCAUACUAUGAAUUUAGGCUACUGUAGAAAUCUAGAAUUGUUGGGGCCAGAGCUUCCUCCUGAUCUACGAUGGAUAGGCCUUAGUUGCUCUGUAUCAUUGGACGGGUUUCUUGAUGCAUUAAUGAACGACCAAUGCAACAUGGCGUGCUCUGUAAUUUGCGAGGGAUGCUUGAAAUUGGCAACAAGGCAGAGCAGCGAAAGGACAACAUUUACAUUACUGAAAAGGUACCUUCAGAAACGCCCCCGCUACGUAUUUAACUUUGUUCUUCCUGGAAAUGAAAUUCCAUCUUGGUUCACUCGUAAAAGUUUCAAGCCCUCCAUAACUUUACAACUAGAUCCGAAUUGGUUCAACAGUAAGUGGAUGGGUUUCACUGUUUGUUCAUGCUUUCGUACACCAAGCCCAUCUUUUGGGUAUGCUGUAAAGAUUGAAGAAUUGAACUGUGGACUUGGUCGAAGAUGCACUUAUGAAAAAAAGGUGGUCUCAGCGGUGGAUUUCCCGAUGGAUCACCUUUGGAUAAUGUAUUGGCCUCGUAGAUUGAUCACAUCCGAUAUCCUACCCAAUAUCCCAGUCGAUCAAGAGUGGGGAAACAACUGCAGUCGGCUUACGUUUUCAUUUAAAACAUAUGACUUGGAUGGUAAAACACAUACAGACAAGUACAUUAGAUCGUGUGGUGUCCAUUUGGUGUAUAAGCAAGACAUAGAAGAUAUGAACCCAGUUUUCAGCGACGGCAUCGAAUAUCCUUUUGAAGGAUGAGGAGGAAAAAAAAAUAAAUACUCCACCUUGUAUAUAUAAAUUAUAUUUUAAUUUUGGUUGUAGCUUAAUAUACUUAUUGUUAAUUUUGCUUGUCUUACGUGCAAAUAUUUCAUUUUAAUUGUUUUUAAUUAACAAUACCGCAUGGACA